UUGCGGGAUUGUUUUGCGUUAUGGCAGCACGCAUGCACGCAGUUUGUCAGACAUUUCCGUCGUUUAUCUUACACACCCUUUAACACUGAUGUAAAGUCUAUACUUUUGAGGGAAUCUUGGUUAAAUUAGAUCACAAAGCUCCAGGAAGUUGCGUUGAACACUCUGAUAACUAAGUGCUGCGGAUGCCUGGUGAUAUAAACCGAGUGUACCUUAAAUUUGCCGCGAAACUUUUUAGUCUCCCAGUUCAGUCCUGCUGGUGUAGAAACCGUAUGAUAAUGACCGUAUGAUCGAUCACAACGGCCUAAAAUCAGAGCCGACUGAUUGAGCAAGAACCAAGAAACUGAUGAGGACUUACUAAUGGAAAUGGAUGAUAAUGGCUUACAGACCUCUCGCUGUGAUACAAGAUGGUCACAGCAACUGUCAAGCCUUCCUCACAAGCUCCUGCAGCGCCUGAUGCCUUUCCAAAGAGAGGGCGUGGAGUUCGCUUUAUCUAGGAAUGGACGAUGUAUGAUUGCUGAUGAGAUGGGUCUUGGGAAGACGGUGCAGGCCAUUGCGGUGGCGUAUGCCUUCAGGCAUGAGUGGCCUCUCCUGGUGGUGGUGCCCUCAUCCCUUAAAUAUCCCUGGAUCGAGGAGCUGGAGAGGUGGAUCCCCGAGCUGCAGCCUGGAGACAUCAACCUGGUGGAGAACAAGAGCCACACCAUGGGUAUCAGCAGCAGUAAGGUGACAGUGUUGGGUUAUGGGCUGCUCACCACAGACUCGCGCAGCCUGGUGGAGGCUCUGACCAGGCAACGGUUUGCCGCGGUUGUGGUGGACGAGUCCCACUACCUCAAGUCCAGGAAUGCCGCCCGGACUAAGAUUCUGGUUCCUCUCAUUCAGAGCGCCAAGCGGGCCAUCCUGCUCACCGGUACCCCGGCCCUGGGUCGACCUGAAGAGCUGUUCAUGCAGAUCGAUGCCCUCUAUCCAAAGAGGUUUGGAACCUGGACUGACUAUGCCAAGAAAUUCUGCAAUGCCCAUUACAGGUACUUUGGGCGUCGCAGGCAGUGGGACUGUCGCGGGGCGUCCAACCUGGAGGAGCUGCACCAGCGGCUGAGCCAGAUCAUGAUCCGGCGUCUCAAGGCUGAGGUGCUCAGUCAGCUCCCCCCCAAAAUCCGCCAGCGUAUCCCCUUCGACCUGCCCAAGGAGGCUUCAAAGGAGGCCUCAGCCAGCUUCGCCGAGUGGGAGAGACUGAUGAAGGGAUUGGGGUCGGGGGUCCUCGCCACGGACAACCCCUUCGCUGAGGUCAUGGGGCUGGUCACACAGAUGUACAAGCAAACAGCUAUAGCCAAGGCGGGAGCUGUGAAGGACUACAUCAAGAUGAUGCUGGAGGCAGAGCAGCUGAAGUUCCUGGUGUUUGCCCACCACCUCACCAUGCUGCAGGCCUGCACUGAGGCUGUCAUCGAGGCCAAGGCUGGUUAUAUCCGUAUUGAUGGCAGCGUCCCAUCCUCAGAGCGAAUGCAGUUGGUCCACAGGUUUCAGAGUGACCCGGAAACCCGGGUGGCCAUCCUCAGCAUUCAGGCUGCCGGUCAGGGCUUGACCUUCACCGCCGCCAGCCACGUGGUGUUUGCCGAGCUCUACUGGAACCCCGGUCACAUCAAGCAGGCUGAAGAUCGGGCCCACCGCAUCGGGCAGACUUCCUCCGUCAACGUGCACUACCUCAUUGCCAAGGGCACCUUUGACACGGUCAUGUGGUCCAUGCUCAACAGGAAGGAAACAGUGACCGGCAGCACUCUGAAUGGGAGGAAGGAAUACCUGAGGGCAGACGAGGGCGACAAGGACAAGUGGGAGUUCCUCAACUUCGCCAACGCCUGGGCACCGAGUGAGAUGGUGCUGCCACUAGAGGGAAACACAGGAAAUGAGAAAGACGGCGUGUUCUUUACCCAUUUUGAGAAAGAGAAGCAGCAUGACAUCCGUUCCUUCUUCUCCCCGAGCGCCAGCAGUGAAAAGAAGAGGAAGAGAACAAAAGAUGAAGAAACAUCUCCCUCCAUCUCCUCAGAGACAGCUGCUGUCCUGGCUGGCAAUGGAACAAACUCUGAAAAAAGGGAGGAGAACAAAGAAAAGUCCAGCUCCCAAACCUCUGCCACACCCGACCAGGACUUCUCCCCCCAGCUGAAGAGGCUGCGGACGCAGCAGCCAAGCCCAAGCCCCAGGUCUCGAUUCAGGGGGAAGAGGAGGUCGAUGACUGGCGGGAUCGGCCCCGGCAGCCCCGACACCGUGAUCUCCUUCAUGGCCCCGCGGAAGCUGUCAGAGCUGGACCAUUCGAUUGAGACGUGGAACUGUGGAGCCUGCACCUACUCCAACAGCAGCCUGUUACCUUACUGUGAGAUGUGCGAGUUCCCACACUCUUCUUCUGCUGACAUGUCAGAGCCACCAAGGUCUCAGCAACCCCCCUCAACCGGGUGGGACCAGGCGUGCAUCGUCCUCUCCAGUUCCGACAGCGAGCCAGAGCUCAGCCUGGGAAAAGCCCAGCCUCUAAAACCGCACAAAGACAAACAGAUCGAGGAGGAGGAGGAGGAGGAUGAGCCUCUGAAAGACAAACAGAAAAUAGGAGAAGCAGAGGAGGAGGACAUGCAGUGGCUCAAAGGCAAACAAUCAGCGGGAGAGCAAGGCGACAACGUCGCUGGUGGUGGCAGCCUCCCCCCUGACCACACACAGGACCAGACAGCUGUGGUGUGUUUGUCUUCUAUGGCUGAUGCUAAUGAUGAUGAUGAGGACAAUGAUGGAGAUGACACCAGCUCUACCUAUCCCGUUUGCCCGGGCCUGCAGUUCUGUGCCAGCCAGUACACAGACCGAGUAUAUCUUUACUCCAAGGGGGGUACAGCGUUGAACUUGAGCUUCGUCCCUCUGGACAUCAAACUAACCAGCUGGGACGACCUGCCCGAGGCCUUCAGCCGACACCGGGAAAAUCGAAUACAGGUGCUGAGGUUCGUUCAGGAGUGGAGCAGCCUGCCAGCCAUGAAGAAGAAACUGCUUCGACGCAGUGGCCUCCUCUUCCACAGCCCCACUCUUGGCUUGCAGCAGCUGGCCGCCGCCCAGCACCCUCACUCGAGCACCAAGAGGUACCUCAGUAGAGAUGAAGUAGCCCAGGCCUCCCUGAGCAAGGUCCAGCAGGAGGGAGGCAGUGUCCGACUGGUCACCAAGGAAAACUUCUUCACAAAGAGGAGGUCUAUCUCUUCACUAACUCCACCUGCUUCAGAGAGGCAGGACAAGGAGUCCUGUAAGGCAGUGGAGGAGCACCCAUCAUCGCAGUCCAGUUACCUGCAGGCUGUGGACAGUGAAGGUGUCCCUCUUUGUCUGUCCUGCCAGCAGGCCUGCUCUACCGCUGGUGGGGCCUGGGACACUCGAUUCUGCAGCCACAGGUGCCAGGAGGAGUUCCAACUGCGCUCCAGCCAAACGUACAUGCGCUCGCGGGUGCUGGAGGCGGAGCAGGGCAUCUGUCAACUCUGCGGCCUCCAUGUCCAUGACCUGUUCCUGAAGGUCCGUGACGCUCUGCCCUCCCAGCGCAAGGAGAUGCUGGAAAACACUUGGCUCACCCAGCUGUCACUCAAACAGCUGAACGAAAUGAUCCGCGCUCCAGUUGAAGGGGAUUUCUGGCAGGUCGACCACAUCCGGCCGGUCUACAGCGGAGGAGGACAGUGCUCUCUGGACAACCUGCAAACGCUCUGCACCGUCUGCCACAAAGCCAGGACGGCUCAGCAAGCCAAAGAACGGAGCAGGAUGAGGAAGAGUGUUGCAGCCUCCAAGGUUGCGUCAGACAUCAGCAGGUUCUUCAUCAGGAAAUGAAAUGACAUAAAGGUUAAGUAGGUUGUUUAGGUUUAGGCUGUAUAGCUCCAGAAUUUCCUGUAUCAAAUUGUCAAAUCCUCGCUGACAUGAUUUCCGACAAUUUGGAUGAAGAUGCAUCAUGAUUUUUCAAAGACAAAACCCACAGUAAGGUAUCAGAAAUGCUAUUCACCGUGAGAUCGGGAUAGACGGCCAGAUUUUCUCUGAAUUGCUCAAAGAUCCCUGCUUUUCUUCUGCCUUACGUCCCGAUGAUGUCACUGCCAUCUUGUUGGACUCUGCUGCAGGGGGGAUGCUUUAGCAGCGGAGACCUACCUGAAUAAGAACAGUAACGACUACAUCAAAUGCAAAUUCAGCCAACUCCCCUCUCGUCCCCGAACCGUCACAAGUGCGGUAGUUUUGAUUUAUGACGGCCCCCUUUUGCUCCAGGCUGAAAUGGAGCAGGUUGUUUAGGAAGAUGCUGCUAUUUUAAGAUUUUGCAAACUUGGUGAAAAGUAGCAGGUGAGAGAUGAAUUGGAGGCUUCGUGAUUAAAACUCUACAGCAGAAAACACAGCAAAGUGUCCACAUAGAGAACAAGUGGCACCUUGUAAAUCUUCCUUUUUGGAAGAUAAAUGACUGCUACCGAGUGAAAUAAAAGCCUAUUUUCAUUUUG